AUGUCCUUCUUCCAUUCUUCCUCUUCUUAUAUCAAUCCUUCUUCUUCCCUUUUCUUUUUUUAUCUCUAUCUCAUACUUGAAUCUGCUCAUUUCUUCUUCUUCUUCUUCUUCUUCUUCUUCUUCUUCUUCUUCUUCUUCUUCUUCUUCCCUCUCCUUUUGCAUCAAACCCUCUUCCCUUUUCUUUUUUAUCUCUUUAUACUGUAUCUUUCAUUUCCUCUUGUAUCUCUCCAUCUUCCUCUUCUUCUUCUCUUUCCUCUUGUAACACGUCUUCUUCCCUUUUUAUCUCUUCUUCUAUCCCACACUUUUAUCUCUCCACCUCCUCCUCCUAAUCCUUCUUCUUCUUCUUCUUCUUCUUCUUCUUCUUCUUCUUCUUCUUCUUCUUCUCUUUCCUAUUGUAACACGGUUUAUUCUUCCUUUUCCCUUUUAUCUCUUCUUCUAUCUCAUACUUGUAUCUGCUCAUUUCCUCUUGUAGUUCUCCUUCUCUUUUUCUUUUUCUUCUUCUUGAUUUUCUUCUUCUUCUUCUUCUUGUAA